AUGAAGCUUCCUUUGUUUGCAAUCCUUCAAAGAACACCGAGAGUUGCACUUACAUUAGCAUUUGUUCUAAUUCUCCUCACAAUAGUCCCUGCUUUAUAUUCUCUCCUUGCCAAUCCAAUCUUACCUCUAUCAAUCUCAUUAUCCGACACUGAUCAGACUCCUUCACCCGUGAAUGGUCCCAUUCCUGCUCCACCUGACCAUGCGCCUUCAAGACAUCGAGAUUCUUCACCCAAUCGGGUUCCUCCACCCGAGAAUGGUCCUAUCCCUACUCCACCAAACCAUACGCCUUUAAGACACCGGAAGUCUUCAUCCGGUCAGGUUCCUUCACCCAAGAAUGGUCCGAUUCCAGCUCCACUCGAUCAUACACCUUCAAGACAUCGGAAUUCUUCAUCCGAUCAGAGUCCUUCACCCGUGAACGGUCCCAUUCCCGCUCCCUUAAAUCACACGUCUUUAAGAGAUCAGAAUUCUUCAUCCUCAGUCACCACAUCAACAUCAAGGACGCGGAUCAGAGAUGAUGAGCAAAGGUGUGAUCUCUUUAACGGGGAAUGGGUACCGAACGAAGAGGCUCCAUACUACACCAACACGACUUGCUGGGCGAUACACGAGCACCAGAACUGCAUGAAGUACGGUAGACCAGACACCGAGUUCUUGAGAUGGAGGUGGAAGCCGGACGGCUGCGAUAUCCCCAUCUUUGACCCUCAAGAGUUUUUGGAAAUGGUUAGAGACAAAGCCAUGGGGUUUGUUGGUGAUUCCAUUAGCAGAAACCAAGUCCAGUCUCUCUUGUGCCUUCUCUCUAGGGUUGAAUAUCCUGAAGAUAUUUCUUCUUCACCAGAAACAGAUUUCAAAGUAUGGAACUACACAUCCUAUAACUUCACUCUUCAUGCCAUGUGGUCACCAUUUCUAGUGAAGUCUACCAAACCUGACCCUACAGAUCCCAAGUUCAACCUCUUCAGCCUAUACCUCGACGAGUAUGACACCAAGUGGACGAGUCAGAUCAACCAGCUCGACUAUCUGGUCAUAUCAUCCGGCCACUGGUUUUACCGGCCUGUUAUUUUCUAUGAAAACCAACAAAUCUCUGGUUGCCAAUACUGUGCGUUACCAAACACGACCGAGCUGCCUUUGUACUAUGGUUACAAGAAGGCUCUAAGAAUAUCUCUACAAGCUAUUCUCGAAAACUUCAAGGGUCUGGCAAUUUUGAGGAGCUUUUCUCCUCAACAUUUCGAAGGUGGGGCAUGGAACGAAGGAGGGGACUGUGUAAGGACACGGCCUUACAGAAGAAACGAGACUAUACCCGAAGGUCCAGAUCUCAAGCUUCGUGACAUUCAACUGGAGGAAUUUAGAGCUGCAGAAGAAGCAGGGAGGAAGAAGAAGGGCUUGAGACUGAAAUUGAUGGACACAACACAGGCAAUGCUAAUGCGACCAGAUGGGCAUCCUGGGAGAUACGGCCAUGAGCAGAAUGCAGAAGAGACUUUAAGAAAUGACUGUAUUCAUUGGUGUCUGCCUGGACCUAUUGAUACUUGGAAUGAUAUUUUGCUAGAAAUGAUGAAGACAGAGACGUAG